ACUGGAACUGACAUUGGACUGGCUCCCAGGCCCUGCCUUACCUCCCCAGCCUGGAGACCUGGUACGAUGGCCACUCUCUGGACAUGGGAUCCGUGAGGAAAAGGCUCUGAGGACUUUAUAAGCUGUCUGCACCUCUGGGGACCAUGGGAAGCAGCACCAGCACCCUGAACCUCACUGUCCUUCUCUACCUCGGGCUGUGUUGGGGACCAUGGGACCAGGCGCAGGCAGGAACCCUCCCCAAGCCCUCUAUCUGGGCUGACCCAGGCUUCAUGGCCACCAAGGGGAGCCCUGUGACCCUCUGGUGUCAGACGUCUCUGCAGGCUGAUGGUUACUACCUGUUUAAAGAGAGGGUCUCUAGACAUUUUUCCAUGGAGAUCUCCCAGGAUUCCAAAACCAAAGCCAGUUACUCCAUUGAAUUCAUGAGCACACAUGAGGCAGGGCGAUACCAGUGUGCAUAUCAGAGCAGGAAGAGCUGGUCACAGCUGAGUGACUUCCUGACCCUGGUGGUGACAGGAGUAUUUGAGGCACCCACCCUCUCAGCUAACCCAGGCCCUGUGGUGGCCUCAGGAGUGAACAUGUCCCUCUCCUGUAGUUCACGUUACCCAAGGUACUCAUUCCAUCUGCUGAAGGAGCAGGGAGCUGAUGUGCCCCAACACCUGGAAUUGACGAUCCUUCGUGAGAGGUACCGGGCACUCUUCCCUGUGGGCCCUGUGAACACCUCCCAUGGGGGGACCUACAGAUGCUACAUUUCUGAACAGUCGUACCCGUAUUCAUGGUCACACCCCAGUGACCCCCUACACCUUCAGGUCACAGGUGCCUACAGGGAGCCCUCACUCAUGGCCCAGCCGGGCUCACUGGUUCAUUCUGGAGACAACCUGACCCUGCAGUGUCGCUCAGAAGCUGGCUUUAAUAGAUUCGCUCUGACCAAGGAUGAGGAGCUCAGACCGGCCCAGCAUCUGGAUGGUCAACCCAGCCCCGACUUCCCCCUGGACACUGUGAGCCGCACCCACGGGGGCCGGUACAGGUGCUACAGUGGACACAACCUCUCCUCCACGUGGUCAGCACCCAGUGCCCCUCUGGACAUCCUGAUCACAGGAAUAUACCCAAAACCAUCCCUCUCAGCCCAGCCUGGGCCUUCAGUAUCCUGGGGAGAGAAUGUGACCCUGCGGUGUCGCUCUGAGAUCUGGUUCAAUACCUUCCACCUGUCCAAGGAGGGGUCCCUUGCUCCUCCCCAGCACCUUCAUCUGCAGGACACAGCUAUACCAUAUGAGGUCAACUUCACCCUGAAUCCUGUGACCUCAGACCACCAGGGGACCUACAGGUGCUACAGCUCACACAACUCCUCCCCCUACCUGUUGUCAAGUCCCAGUGACUCCCUGGAGCUCCUGGUCUCAGCUCCUGCUCAAGCCUCAGACCAGUACCUGUACAUCCUUGUUGGGGCCUUAGUGGCCUUCGUCCUGCUGCUCUGCCUCCUCGUCCUCUUCCUGGUCCGACAGUGGCAUCAAGGCAAAGGCAGGAAGCCGGCAGCGGCAGCAGCAGUGCCUGAGGACAGAGGCCUGCCCGGGAGCUCCAGUCCUGCUGCCACCACCCAGGAGGAGAACUUGUAUGCCGUCAUAAAAGACACGCAGCCUGAGGACAGCCAGCAGGACAGCCAGGUGGCCAUAUCUGAGGACCAGCAAGAUGUGAUCUAUAUCCAACUGAACCACCUGACCCUCGGACAGGAAACAAGUGCAUCCUCUCCCUCCCAAUCAGAGGAGCUCCCAGAGGAGCCCAGUGUGUAUGCUGCUCUGGCCUUCUACUAGCCCAGAAGGACCCAGACCCCACACUCCAGAGGUCCUAAGACUCCCUACAGGGACCCCAGAAGGCACAGGAGCUGCUCACAGCAGGUACCACUUGAGCCCAGGCAGCCUGGAGGCAGGACAAGGACCACCAGGAACUUCCUGGGGUCUUAUGAGAGUCCAUUGCUUCCAGAAUUCCCAUCAGAACACAGCUCAUCUUAGAGUUUCUGUAAGAUGCCAAGGAAAUGCUAACACCAUUUGUUACCACACGGCAACCUUGUGGCGUAGGGGAACCCAGCACUAAGCUGCAAGGACUGGGGACCUCCUGCAGGCUCCAUGGCAGCCUGGCAACAUCCCAGGCCACCAAUGACCUCAGAAACCAGCAGUGCCACAGCCCAUGAGGGGUUGCUCAAUGCCAAGGGCUUUGUGUUUCCUGAGACCAAGCCCCUUCCUCCUCUGCCUGAUCCAGCUUCUCAGCAAGACAGAGAAAAUGGAAGCCAGUCUCCUUCCUGACUCACCCGGUUCACAAACUCCAGAUGCAGGGGGUAGGGAGCAGGGUGCCUCAGCCAUUUUCCCAACCAUACCGAAAUAAGCUUUGCAAUGCUCCCCAGCAAAACCCAAUUAAACUGUUUCAUUCUCACUUGUAACCCAAGGUUCAGUGCUCAGUUGCCAACCUGAACCUGACUUCUUUUUGCCAAGGGCUAGAAGGGCUGGCUGACCAUGAUAACCAACCUCCACCCACACUUCCCCUGCUGGAAAGAAAGGGCUCCCUAGCUCACCACCAUGCAAAUAGGUGGCUUGAGAACUUCCCCCUAGCACAGCUGGCAUUCCCACUGAAAUAAGGAAGUGGUGUGUUUGUGUUGCUCAAGAGUGUACCAGAUUAUACCCAUGCCCCAAGGAACAAGGACCACCUGCUGGGAGGGUCCUGGUUGGAGGACCCAAUUGUCAUCUUUUCCCACCACAGGGAGCUGUAUGUUCAGAACAGGGAGACACACCAAUAAACGA